GAUCUUUCGUGAUAUGAUCGGCGUGAGGCGUUGAAUUUCUGAGGGGUUUUGAUCCGGUGGCCGGGUUUCCCCUUUACUUUUGGUUUGUCGUUGUGUUUCGGUUUUUCGGGCGUAUUUCUCGACGCACUAGAGGUUCUUCACUGGCGUAAAGAACCAGGGAGGGUGUUCGUACGGAGAAGUAGAUAGUCGAAAAGUAGCCGUUACGUAGGUCGCAGCUGGGACAACUAUAAAGGUAUGUGCUGAGAGGCUUUGGAUGAUAGUGAGGAGUCCCCGUGUUCUCUCGAGAAUUGGGGCCUCUCCUCCUUCUCCCUCUCUCCUCUUGCAUGCGAGCUAAUACACACAGCUAUACAGCAGCCCCAAGUCCACCGGCCCUUAACAGGGCUAGGGCUCACGAACAGGUUUGCAUCGCGAACAUGACAGAAACAGAGAAGGUAAGGAGACAAGAGGAGAGGGCGACGGAGGCGAAGAAAGGACCGAGCGGGGGAGGCAAGCAAGUAAGUCAGAAGAAGUCCGAGAAAAAGCGGAAGGCGAAUGAUAGAGUGCGCAAAAUCUCCAAUAGGGAAAAGCACAAGCUGAGAGUCGGGUCGUGGAACGUGUGCGGGUUCNAGGUAAGGAGACAAGAGGCGAGGGCGACGGAGGCGAAGAAAGGACCGAGCAGGGCAGUCGAACAAGCAAGUCAGAAGAAGUCCGAGAAGAAGCGGAAGGCGAACGAUGGUGUGCGCAAAAUCUCCAAUAGGGAAAAGCGCAAGCUGAGAGUCGGGUCGUGGAACGUGUGCGGGUUCGCAAGGAGUAAGCGCAAGCGGUUGGAAAUAGUGGACCAAGUAGAACAGAACAAAGCGAUCUAG